AUGUCAACUAAUUCUGAUUCUCGUCCGAUAUUUCGAAUAAGUACAUUACGUAAUAAAGAAGUUCUCAUAUCAGAAUCAUUGAAUCAUCUUCCAUUAAUUCGAGUUUGUAUGAUCAUUAUAUGCAUUCUUAUUGGAAUUGCGUCAUUUCUCGAUGUCAUAGAAAAUUAUACUAAAUAUCGAUUUACAUUGAAACAAACUUUAUUUCAUCGAUUAGUUGUACCAGUAAUAUUAUUAUUAAAUAUUUUAUUUCAUGUUUCACAUUAUGCUCAUAAUAUUUAUGAUCCUGCUGCAUAUUUCGAACCAAAAGAUCUUUAUUCAAAAAUUGUUAUUAUUGAGAUGGAACUAACUUUUCUGUUUAAUAUUCCUCUAUCAAUUGUAUUUGUUAUUGCGAGUCGAAAAUUGUUAUCAUCUUGUACAAUUGGACAAAUGAGAUCUAUUAAUAUGCUAAUGUUAAUGACACUAUACAGUUUAAUGUCAAUGGUUAGCGGUGGUCAUUAUAUUUAUGAACCGCCAAAGAAUUAUUCAUUUAUAUGUAAUUUAACAAUUGCAGGUGAAACAUUAAUUGCAUUUAUAUUAUUUGUUAUCACAUUGUUUGUUUAUUGGUCAAAUUUAACGAAUACAAUGGGUCAUGUAUAUAGUCGCAUUACUACCGAUGAUUUUCUCAACUCAAAUGUUCAAAUGUCUACAAUUCAACAGCAACAGUUAAAACGUAAGAUGAGUGAUGAUAUGACAGCUGAGAACGAAUUAUGA